AUGAUGGCGGGUGAAAUCUCGAUGAUCGGUUCUGUGAUCCUGGCUCUGUUUCUGGCUGGAUACUUGGGCCAGCAAUAUUUGCCACCUCCCAAACCCAAAGUGAUCGGCAUGGACCUGGGCACCACCUUCUGCUCUGUGGGAGUUUUUCACCCGGGCGGUGGAGAGGUGGAGGUGAUUGCAGAUGAAGAGGGCAGGAAAAGUGUUCCGAGCGCAGUCUCUUUCACAAACACUGCAGUGCUGUCAGGACAUGAAGCCGUAGACCAGGCGCACGGCAGUCCACAAAACACAAUUUAUGAUGCAAAGAGGUUCAUUGGAAAAAUCUUUGAGCCUGGAGUCCUGGAGAGGGAAAGUGUACGGUAUCCAUUUAAGAUCAUCAAUAACAACGGCAGUGCUGAGUUUGAGAUCUCCACAAACCACACUUUCACCGUGAGUCCGGAGUUCAUCGGCUCUCGGCUCCUGCUGAAGAUGAAGAAGAUGGCGGAGCUUCACCUGGGGGUCCCCAUCCACAAAGCAGUUAUUUCAGUUCCUGCAGAGUUUGACGAACGCCAGAGGAAUUUCACCAUUAGAGCUGCGAACCUCGCCGGUUUGGAGAUUUUGCGAGUCAUAAACGAGCCGACCGCAGCUGCCAUGGCUUAUGGGCUGCACAAGGUGGACGUGUUCAAUGUUCUGGUGGUGGAUUUGGGGGGAGGGACCCUGGAUGUCUCUCUGCUCAACAAACAGGGGGGAAUGUUCCUUACCAGAGCCAUGGCGGGGAAUAACAAACUGGGAGGGCAAGACUUCAGCCAACACCUGCUUCAGUUCAUGACCGAGCGUGUCACACAGGAGUUCGGGGUCCCUCCUAAACUCAAAGAAGACAUCCACCGCUUACGUCAGGCCGUUGAAGCUGCAAAACUCAACCUCACAGUGAAAAAUACCACCCGUAUCAAUGUACCACUGCACCUACACUUAAGCGACGACUCAGAAGCGCCUAAAAAUAUCAUAUUCAACACCGAAAUCACCCGCAAGCAGUUUGAAGAGCUCAACGAGGACCUUUUCCACAAAAUACUCACUCCAAUUGAGACCGUUUUAGCUGAAGGACAUCUGGAUAAAGGAGAAGUGGAUGAGAUUGUCCUCGUUGGCGGGUCGACCAGGAUACCACGCAUCAGAAAAAUAAUUACAGAGUUUUUCGGGAAGGAGCCCAAUACGUCUGUAGACCCAGACUUGGCUGUGGUCAUCGGUGUAGCCAUUCAAGCUGGAAUCAUGGGAGGGUCUUGGCCUUUACAAGUGAGCGCUAUUGAGAUUCCAAAUAGACACUUACGCAAAACAAACUUGAACUGA